AUGGUAACUCUGCAAACUACGACUUAUAUUUCUUUUAUACUUAUAUAUGGGAUUAAAUGUUUGGAUCUAAAUUAUAAUCACCUAAAGACUACUUAUUCAGCUGUAGUAGAUGAUUUUUAUUAUAUACCAUUGAGAAAUAGGACUUUUACAGACUUAGAUAAUCAUACUUUAGGACUAUCAGAUCCAGUUCCAAUAAGGGUUGCCACAUUAACUUUGGCUAUCUUGAAUGCUAUAUUAGAAGAAUUACCCUUUGAAUGGACACUUUUCUUUCAAAAAUUUGAUAUAUUGAAAUUUUAUCGGCAAUUAUUCAAACUAGGGGCAAUAAAAAGUAACAAACUGUUUUUUAGAUUUUGUCCUCAUACUUGUGUUGAAAUGAUGGAUUUUGAAGAAGAUACAGCAGAAAUAUGUAAUGCAACCUGUGGUAAUAUUUUUAACUUUUUGGAAGAUAUUGGGAUCUUCUUUAAACCAAAUAGUGAAUUAUUUAAUAUAAAAUUAACUUCAAGAUAUAAUCCUAAUAAAGAAGAUAGUAUAGAAUUUAAUAUAUCAGAAGAUGCUUCAGAAACUACUGCAGAAAAAAGUGAUGAAUUUGAAGAUGAAAUUGAAGAUUAUGAUUCAAGUUUGGAUUUAGAUAAUGAAUAUAUUCACUUUGAUAAUAAUUAUAUUACAUACAAUGAUAAUAUAAAUUUAAUUGGUAAAGAUUCAGAAUCAAAAAUAUCAAUAGAUGAGAAGACUUUAGUAUAUACUGAUGAUGAUCCCCAAGAAAAAAUAUCAUCUCGUUUAUUACUUUUAUGGGAUGUUGAUGAGACAUUAUUAAGUCUUGGAAGACGUAUACAAAAUAAUGAGAUAUUAAAUAGAAAAUUUAAUACUUAUACUUUAAGUACAUUAUUUUUAAUAAAAGAAAGACAAUUAUAUGAUCCUCGUAUAAUGAAUCAAUAUAUUGUAACUCAUGGUAUAAAUACAAUUAGUAAACUUCAACAUAAAUCUAUCCGUGAUAUAUGUGAAGCUUGUUGGGACAUUUUAAGGAUAUAUGAUAGAUAUUUUGCUACAGAAGAUGAUGAUAUUUCAAAUCAGAUAUUUAAGAGGAUGUUUGAAGCUAAAGAGGAAGCUGCAAUAGCUUAUAAUAAUGGUGAUAAUUCUUAUACAACUAGAUUUCUACCUGGGCCUUUAAAAAAUAUUUUUGUUCCAAAAUUAAAAGAUUUAUCUUUAUUAAGGAACUAUAUUAUAGAAAAUAAUGAGGAGUUUUCAGAAUUUAAGAAUAAUAUAGAUCAUUCUAAUCAACAUAAUAAAUCAAAAGAGUUUUUUGUAUAUGAGAUCAAUGAAGAAUAUAAUGUAGAUGGUAUAAGAAAUAAUUUAUCAUAUAAUAAAACAUUAUUAACUAGUCUUAAAGGUUUCAGUAAUUUAAUAGUAAAAGAAAAACAGGAUAAUAUAGUGACAGUAUUAAUUGAUGAUAAUGCAGGUCACAUAAGACUUGCGUGCUUAGAGGAGGUACAUCAAAAAAAUAUGUUAAUAAUACCUAUAUAUCCAUUAAAUCCAGAAUUGUCAAUAGAAGAGAAUAUAAAUAUUUCUAAUUUAACUGAUAGACAUUUAACAGAUAUAUUAGCUCCACCAAUAUCUAUAGGUUCUUAUGGUAUGUUUCAUGGUUUGAAUUUAAAAUAUUUACCUAAUUUACUAAAUGGAAUUUUAAAUGAUAUACCUAUAGAUGCAUCUGCAGAUAUUUUAUCAAAGGAAUUACGUUUAAAAGUAUAUGGAUUAUUUAAUACAAAAUAUAAGGGUUCUCUUUGUUCAUAUGAUAUAGAUAAUCCAAAAUCUGUAUAUUUUGUAAUUACAUCACCUUGCAGCUUCUUUGAAUAUACUUUAAAUUUAAUGUUGAAAAUGUCACCAGAUGAUCCCUAUAUUAGAGAUUUUUUUAAAACAUUAAGUGCUAUAGAUGCAUGGAUAUUUAAUGAAAGGCCAAAUAAAAAUUAUAGAGAUUCUUGCUCAUCAAUAAAUUCAACUCUUAGAGAUAUUAUUUGUAUAUGUAAUAAUGAAUCAUUGGAAUCUAAUACAUUAGAUAAAAAGAAUAUUGAGAAAUUGUGCAUUAUUAAUUGGAAUGAUAAGUUUUAUUUUGGAUAUGAUAAUCCAAAUGGUUCAGUUCCAUUAAAUUCUUUAUUAAUUUCAACCCUUCCAAGAAGAAGAACAAUUAUUUUAAGUCUAUACUCUGAUUUACCUUUAAAUGUGAUGCCAAUUAGUACAGUAUUUGGUUAUUAUAAUUAUUGUCAAUUGGCUUCUAAUCACUUUAUUUCCCACAUAGAAUUAUUAAAGAGAUUAUCACAAUCAAUAAAUCCUGUUUUAAAUUUAAGAGAUUUGAUUGAUAUUAAUGAAGAUAAUAAAUAUAAAGAGUUAAGAAAUAAUAAUUUAAAACUAGCUAUAACUUUAACUAAAACUUGGGAAAAAGCUCUAAUAAAUAAUUUUGAUUCUAUUAAUGAAUAUACGGUGACAAAUAGUACAAUAUAUAUGGAUAAUUUUAAUAGAAGCUAUGUAAACUGUACGACAUUAAAUUAUUAA